CCUUCCAACGUUAAAGGAAGAUACUAAGAAUUUUGCUAACUUAUAAUCUUCAUACACAAAGACACUGUUAGUCUGAGAAAGAGAUGGCAAUUGGGUUCAUGGAGGUGCAGCUUGUGAAGGCAAAAGAGUUGUGGCAUACUGAUAUCUUAGGUGGUAUGGAUCCGUAUGUUGUGAUUCAAUACAAUGGCCAAGAACAGAGGAGCAGUGUUGCAAAGGGAGAGGGUAGUAAUCCAAUUUGGAAUGAGAAAUUUGUGUUCAAGGUGGAAUAUCCUACACCAAGUCAUUCAUACAAGAUCAUUCUAAAAAUCAUGGACAAAGACAAUUUAUCUAAAGAUGACUUCGUUGGUCAAGCCACGAUCUAUGUGGAGGAUUUAUUAGCCAUAGGAGUAAAGGAUGGUGUAAAUGAGUUACAACUUCUCAAAUACAGAGUAGUUCGUGCAGAUCAAUCUUAUUGUGGAGAAAUUGAUGUUGGUGUAACUUUUAAGGUGGAAGAAGAUUUCAUUGGAAAAGUUAAACAAGGAUGGAAGGACACCAACAAGCAUUUGUAAUAUUAGUCGGCCAACAUGAACACCAAUUAAGAAUUAAAUGUAGGUUUUGAUGUCGUCCAUGUGUAACGAAGAUUUUUUAUUAUUUUUAGUUGCCUUUGAUCCUUCUGAAAAGUAGGAUUAACAUAUUAAAUAAAUAAAUCGUUGUGCCACUAAGCUAGUAUGCAUUGAUAAUCUUUUGAUUUAUCCUCGCGAUUAUUAACUCGUUAAUGGUUCAAC